CAUCAAUUUAUUCGUGCUAUCAAAGAUCUUGAAGGUCUCGUUGUGCAACGCAUGUUCGAGCUAUCUAAGGCAAAUCUUGCAUCCACAGGCUACAAACUUCGGAAACAGAUCUCCAAAGCCAUCAUGAAGUGUUCUGGUGCGAUCCGAUCAGCGCUCGACAAAUACAACAAGCUCGCUCUCCCUCAAAACCCCCAACGGCCUACCCUUCAAUACAGUGAGGUCAUGUCUUGUGUGGCUCUCGGUGAGUUCGAGAUUCUCAAGUGCUCACGCCAUGACAUACUUGCAAAGCCAUGGAGCAAAGGCAUCCAUCACGAGAUGACGAAUAAGUAUUUCAAAAUCAUUCGCGCGCAGGAAGAAAUAACUCGACUGAAUGUUGAAAUACAACGCCUGCAGGCAUGGGUUGACAUGGAGGAUUCUGAUAUUGAACGGGCGGCUACAGAACUCGAUUCGACGGAUACGCGACUUGCUGCGGAGUUGUGGUUACUGUACCAUCGUCAACACCGGAUUAACGAUGUGCAUCGCAACUGCCUUGCACACAUAUAUAGCUUACCAGGUUACACCGGUUCUAUCCCCUUGCAAGUGAACACAGUGGUCGCUGGCAGUGAGAAUGAGGAGGAAUAUGAUCCAAUGUUAGAAGGCGAGGCGUCGGCACGGUUUGAGUCCUGUAUUCAGCAGAUUUCACAGUGA